AGGACAACGCUGGAAGUACGCCGGACAUCAUCAUCUGAGCCACAAAGACUUAUAUGAAAAUAAAUGCAUCCAUCUGCAUGGUGCCAGAAAAGGAUGCGUUUUUGUUCUAUUUAUUUAACAUGCUCAGAAGGCGAUCUCCUUCGGAAGAUUUCUGGAUUCACAUAACACGCUAACCAUAUUUUAAAAAUCACCCUAAUCACACAACACUCCAACUCGUAUUUUAAUUUAGCCCGCUCAUAGGACCUAAAGCUUACAGUAUUAGUGUCUAUUUAUUAGGCCAGAACGUGGCACCGACACAUAAAACAGCCACCCUCAGUAAAUCGAAUCGUAUUUGACUUGCAAUAGAGUCGUGCCUGAUGUUCAGAAGCGACCUCCCCUCAUCAGCGCCAGCGCAUAAGCCGGUUUCUUCUCUUUCUGCCAUCCCUUUCCCGCCUGGGAGGCUGUGACGUCAUUCCGCGCAGCCGAAAACUCCGCCCCUUGCGCUGCUCUUUUCAGUUUUUCGACGGAGUUUCGGGGUAUUUCGGGCCUGGCGCCGCCCGACCCGGCUUCUAAUGGCGGCGGCGAGCUUGAGUUCCUAGGCGGCGCUAGGAGAUGUCCCGGCCGAAUAGCAUCUCGCCUCGGCCCUCGGGAAGCGGGUCCACAAGUGGAGGCCCCUCUACCGCUUCCGCCGCCGCCUCCUCCUCAUCCUCCUGCUCCGGCGGUGGUCGCGCCAAGGGGCUGAAGGAUAUUCGUAUUGAUGAAGAAGUGAAAAUCUCUGUGAAUAUCGCUCUGGAGCGGUUUCGAUAUGGGGACCAACGAGAAAUGGAUUUUCCUUCAUCAUUGACCAGCACUGAGAGAGCUUUUAUUCAUCGACUAAGUCAAUCUCUUGGUUUGAUUUCUAAAAGCAAAGGGAAAGGAGCGAACAGAUACCUAACUGUGAAGAAAAAAGAUGGAUCCGAAUUGGCACAUACAGUGAUGACUUGUAGUUUGAUUCCAAACACAAAGCAUGCUAUUAGAAGUUUAGUUCAAAGAUUUCCUGUAACUAAUAAAGAACGCACAGAACUUCUACCAAAGACAGAGAGGGGAAAUGUAUUUGCUGUUGAAGCUGAGAAUAGAGAAAUGAGUAAAACAAGCGGGCGUCUUAACAGUGGCAUCCCUCAGAUCCCAGUGAAACGAGGAGAAUCAGAAUUUGAUUCAUUUCGGCAGUCUCUACCAGUUCAUGAAAAGCAAGAUGAAAUUGUUAGAAUUAUUAAAGAAAAUAAAGUAAUUUUGAUUGUGGGGGAAACUGGAUCUGGAAAAACUACUCAGAUACCUCAAUUUCUACUUGACGACUGUUACAAAAAUGGUAUACCAUGUCGCAUAUUUUGCACUCAACCAAGACGGUUAGCAGCGAUUGCUGUGGCUGAAAGAGUUGCUGCUGAAAGAAGAGAGAAGAUUGGUCAGACUAUUGGUUAUCAGAUCCGAUUAGAAAGCAGGGUUUCUCCAAAAACACUCUUAACAUUUUGCACCAAUGGUGUAUUACUUCGUACGCUAAUGGCAGGAGAUAGUGCGUUGUCUACUGUAACUCAUGUUAUUGUGGAUGAAGUCCAUGAAAGAGAUCGAUUCAGUGAUUUUUUGUUAACAAAAUUAAGAGAUAUGCUACAAAAACAUUUGUCAUUGAAACUCAUACUUUCUAGUGCUGCUCUCGAUGUGAACCUCUUUGUCAGAUAUUUUGGAGGCUGUCCAGUGAUAUACAUUCCAGGAAGACCCUUUGAAGUAAAGGAAAUGUUUUUAGAAGAUAUAUUAAGAAGUACAGGCUAUACAAAUAAAGAGAUGAUCAAAUACAAGAAGGAAAAACAACGAGAAGAAAAACAGCAGACAACUUUGACUGAAUGGUAUUCUGCGCAAGAUAAUAGCAAACCUGAAUUGCAACGACAGAGGGCAGUACCAAAUGUAACUGAAGAAUAUGAACUGCUGGAUGAUGGGGGUGACACUGUCUUCAGUCAAUUGGCUGAAAAAGAUGUUAAUUGUCUUGAACCUUGGUUAAUUAAAGAAAUGGAUGCUUGUCUUUCUGAUAUUUGGUUACAUAAGGACAUUGAUGCUUUUGCACAAGUGUUCCAUCUUAUUUUAACUGAAAAUGUCAGUGUUGAUUACAGGCAUGGUGAAACAAGUGCAACAACAUUAAUGGUAGCUUCUGGAAGAGGUUUCUUGAAUCAAGUGGAACAGCUGAUUGGUAUGGGAGCAAAUGUCCAUAUCAAAUCAUCCAAUGGCUGGACAGCUUUGGAUUGGGCUAAACACUUUGGGCAGACAGAAGUAAUUGACCUGCUGGAAUCCUAUUGUGCCUCAUUAGAGUCUGGUAAUCUAGAUGAAAGUUCCUUAGUCCAUGCUAAUGCUGGUGAAAUGAAUAUAGAAGAUCGAGAACUCCUGAAAGCUUAUCACUACAGUUUUGAUGAUGAAAAAGUAGAUCUUGACCUGAUAAUGCACCUUCUGUAUAACAUCUGCCAUAGCUGUGAUGCAGGUGCAGUUUUAAUUUUUCUUCCUGGAUAUGAUGAGAUAGUUGGAUUGAGAGAUCGCAUACUCUUUGAUGACAAAAGAUUUGCAGAUAAUGCUCAUAGAUUCCAGGUAUUUAUGCUGCACUCAAAUAUGCAGACAUCUGACCAGAAAAAGGUUCUUAAGACUUCUCCUCUAGGCAUCCGCAAAAUAAUACUUUCUACAAAUAUUGCAGAAACCAGUAUCACAGUAAAUGAUGUUGUUUUUGUGAUUGACUCGGGAAAAAUGAAAGAGAAGUCCUUUGAUGCACUGAAUUGUGUAACUAUGCUUAAGAUGGUGUGGAUUUCUAAAGCAAGUGCUGUUCAGAGGAAGGGCAGGGCAGGACGUUGUCGACCUGGAAUUUGUUUUCGACUUUUCAGUAAAUUAAGAUUUCAAAAUAUGUUGGAAUUUCAGACUCCUGAACUUCUAAGAAUGCCUUUGCAAGAGCUUUGUUUACAUACAAAAUUGCUAGCUCCCAUCAAUUGUCCAAUUGCUGACUUCUUAAUGAAAGCUCCAGAGCCACCUCCUGCUUUAAUUGUGCGAAAUGCUGUGCAGAUACUUAAGACCAUAGAUGCUAUGGACACCUGGGAAGAUUUAACAGAACUUGGCUAUCAUCUGGCUGACUUACCUGUAGAGCCCCAUCUUGGGAAAAUGGUGCUUUGCGCUGUGGUUCUGAAGUGCCUGGAUCCUAUUCUGACAAUUGCUUGCACACUUGCGUAUCGGGAUCCUUUUGUGCUACCCACACAGGCUUCUCAAAAACGUGCAGCCAUGCUGUGUAGAAAACGAUUUACUGCGGGAACAUUUAGUGACCAUAUGGCUCUUCUUCGGGCUUUCCAGGCAUGGCAGAAAGCACGCAGUGAUGGCUGGGAAAGAGCUUUUUGUGAGAAGAACUUCCUUUCUCAGGCAACCAUGGAAAUUAUCAUAGGAAUGAGAACACAGUUGCUUGGGCAGCUGAGAGCCUCAGGUUUUGUUAGAGCCAGAGGUGGUGGUGAUAUAAGGGAUGUGAACACAAACUCAGAAAAUUGGGCUGUAGUUAAAGGAGCCUUAGUAGCUGGAAUGUAUCCAAAUAUUGUUCAUGUUGACAGAGAGAAUGUAAUUUUGACUGGGCCAAAAGAGAAAAAAGUCCGUUUUCAUCCUACAUCUGUUCUUAGCCAACCCCAGUAUAAAAAGAUUCCUCCUGCAAAUGGCCAAGUAGCAGCUAUUCAGGCACUUCCCACAGACUGGCUUAUAUAUGAUGAAAUGACAAGAGCCCACCGAAUAGCCAAUAUCAGGUGCUGCUCAGUUGUGACUCCAGUCACAGUGGCCCUCUUCUGUGGAUCAGCUAGGUUGCCAAGUAAUGCUUUACAGGAGCCUUCUUCCUUCCGAGUUGAUGGUGUCCCUAACGAUAGCAGUGAUAGUGAAAUGGAGGAUCGAACAACUGCAAACUUGGCUGCUUUAAAAUUAGAUGAGUGGCUCAAUUUCAAAUUAGACCCAGAGGCUGCUAGCCUCCUCUUGCAGUUAAGACAAAAAUGGCAUAGUUUAUUUUUGCGACGCAUGAGAGCUCCUUCAAAGCCAUGGUCUCAAGUUGAUGAAGCAACAAUACGAGCAAUCAUUGCUGUUUUGAGCACUGAAGAACAAUCUGCAGGUCUGCAGCAGCCCUCAGGAAUUGGGCAAAGACCAAGACCUAUGUCAUCUGAAGAACUUCCCUUAGCAUCUUCUUGGAGAUCAAACACCAGUCGAAAAAGCUCAGGAGAAUCAGAGUUUGCAGAUGAUGCUUUUAAUUCAGAAAGAAAUACUCCCAAAGCAACUUUAAGCUAUGAUAUAAACAAAGAGCAGAACAAUACAAUAUUAAGAGUCUUAAUGAAAUCUACAUCUCCAGCAUUUCACCAACCGCUAAAAUACAAAGAAAGAGGUGUUGUGCAUUCCAAACGAAGCACGGAUGACAGGGCAGACCAAACAGCUGUGAAAUCUACAGAUAGUAUCAGUUAUCCCAGUCCCUGUGCCAGUCCUUCUCCUCCAUCUUCUGGGAAGGGUUCCAAGUCUCCUUCUCCAAGGCCAAAUAUGCCAAUUCGGUACUUUAUUAUGAAAAGCAGCAAUUUAAGGAAUCUGGAGAUUUCACAACAGAAGGGAAUUUGGUCUACAACUCCAAGUAAUGAGAGAAAACUGAAUCGUGCUUUUUGGGAAAGUAGUGUUGUUUACCUGGUAUUUUCUGUUCAGGGAUCAGGACAUUUUCAGGGCUUUGCUCGAAUGUCUUCUGAGAUAGGCCGUGAGAAAAGUCAAGACUGGGGUUCGACUGGUUUAGGGGGAGUAUUCAAGGUGGAAUGGAUCCGGAAAGAAAGUCUUCCUUUUCAAUUUGCUCAUCAUCUGCUUAACCCUUGGAAUGACAAUAAGAAAGUACAGAUAAGCCGAGAUGGCCAGGAACUGGAACCUCAGAUUGGUGAACAGUUAUUACAACUAUGGGACCGUAUUCCUCUAGGGGAGAGAAACACAGCAGACUAAAAAUAAAAGAGCAGAUUUUUAGAGGUUUUGUUGUCACAACACCGGAGUACUCUGCAUGAAGUUAGAACCAACAAGAAAACUAUCAAGAAAUCUAAAUAGAAUAAAUCAAGAGACUGGGUGAGUUGUAUCUCUCAGAAAUACUGUUGUCCACUGCAUUGCUAGCAUUGUACUGCUGUAACAAAUAAUGCUAAAAUGCUUUUAUUUCUGAAUUCUAACAUUGUUUAUAUCAAUGUUAGAAAAUGCACUUAAACAUGCACACUUGAUCCUCUGUUAAAUGGCUCUUGGUAUUAUUUAGUCAAUCUAAGUAAUAGUGUUGAUACAAACAAAUAUAGCAAUAGAUGUUUCAUUCAUCAAAUAUUAAUAAUCUAUGCCAAAAUAAGACAUAAUGGGCCAGAGUGUUGGAAAUGGGUGAUUUUGUUAAGUAUUGAAAUCAUUUAAAUUCAGGCAAACACAAACUUUUGCAUCAUACUGGGUUUUUUUGAGAGGGGAUGUCACUUAUUUUAGCACCUACCUGACCUUGUCUUGUUCAGAAUCUAAGGAAAAUAGAAUCUUGUUAAUAUGUGGAGGGGAGUCCUCCAGGAAUAGAAGAUUGAUCAGCUAGACUGGGAAGCUAAAAUGCAGAUUCCAGAAGAAGGCAAGGGCCUACUAUUUCCUUUUUCCUAUCAAGGCAACGACAUGGAUCUAUUGUUAAAGCCAUUAGGAGUCAAAGUAAAUUCAAAAGGGACUUUAGCUAAGGCUCAAUUCUAAAAAAAACCAGGUCCUUAUCACUAGAGCAACUCAACUUGACAAAUUCUGUUCAGUACAGCUGAGUACAGAAGAUAGUUUGAAAAUCAAAAGCAAACCUGAAAAACUACAAUGCCAAAACUGAGUAUUUUAACGGGGCAACCUUCUGUCAAUUACUGGGACAAAAAACUUUGUGUCUGAACUUGUGGGGAAUUCAAAAGCAGAAACUGCAAGGGAAUCAACUGAUUCAAAAUAAAGUAUCAUGCAAACUAGUGUUACUGAAGUGUCAGCAAUAUCAAGGAUUAAAAUGUGAUCUAUGAAAAUACGCUCUAUUUAGAAAUGCACAGCAUACCCACUGAUCAAAAAGAUUAAUUACUAUUGUCAGGUAUCUGAUCUACUGGAACUUAUCUGCUUUAAAAAAUAUUUUAGGCUUUUAUUUAUAUAAGUCUCUUUGUCUUCUACCCUUUGCAAAACUGUGCACGUAAUAGGCACAAUCUAUUAUCAUUACUGUUAUUAACGAGCCUCUUGAUUGUUUCUAUAUGAUAUCCUUUUCAGUUACACUCGGCAACACUUUGGUUUGUUAUGUAUAGCAGUUUGCUCUUACUAAAAUUCUCUUUUGAUUCUCCUGUCAGUGCAUAUUUUUCAGGGCUGUCACAAUUCUGACCUCAGGUUUUUUUCAAUGUGUUUCUGUAAAUGUGUGUAAUCAGAGAAAAAAAAAGGUAUGCUAAAGAAAGAAUGCUAAUCUCAUGUGAUUGCACUGGGGGGGGAAAUAAUGGCAUUUUCCAUCUUUUCAUUUUAUUGUAAACUAUAAGAAAAAGAAGCUCUAGAAAACAAGUGAGCAUCCUUUGAGGAUUUCAGUUUUGCUCAUUCUACUAUAUCUCACAAAGUUGGCAGUUUUGACUUUCAAAAUUUUACUCUUCCUUCAGAAUUUUGCUGGGAAAAAAUUUGAUUUUUUUUUUGAAAAAAAAAUUGUGAUGAAGAUUCCCAAUGGCAUCAUCUAUCACCUUCCCUUCGCAGAGGAGAGAUGCAGUCAGGUCUUGCAAUUUGACUUCUUUUAACGAAUGAUGAUUGGAAAAGAUUCUUGUACAUUUGUAGAAUAAUAACAGUGCUGUCAUGAAACUGAAAAAGAUAAGUGGUACUACAGAAGAUGUUGAAGGGGCUACUCUGCUCUGCCAACCUACAUUAUUCUAUUUACUGCUGUGGAUGUUAGGAGUAGAAAUAACAAUAAAUGCUUCUUUGUUUCUUCAGUGCUUUUCCCCAUAAGGGAGACUAAUAUUCUUGUGCUCUCUCUUUCAGUUAGUUUUCUGUAAGAAGAAUAGAUCCCUUUUUCUUAUACUAUUCUACCAUUCCAAGAGCAUAAAUCUUGGAUAUUGCAGCUUUCCUUAAUGUGUCCAUAAUAAAGGAAAAGCAAUUAAGGAUUUUUUGUCCUUUAGGAAUAUAAGGAACCUAAGCUUCUCCCCAUGCAUAGUCCAUCAACUAUAUAUUCUGUUUUACAGACAUCUCAAUGAAUGAAUCUAACCAGAGGGACCUCAAUAUUUUCUCAACAAUUGUGAGAUUCUUGCCUGUAUGUUUGGAGAUUUCAGUAUAACAGUAUUGCAGUAAAGCAAGCCUAGAACUCACAAAGUUUGUACCAACAUGUCUGGAUAUAUUGAACCAAUGCCUGAAGCUGUUCAAGGCUGGAUAGGGAGAAGUAGACUUCAGUUUUAUUCUGAUAAGACUGAGUAACCAUCCCUGUUUGGCUACAAACAGUUUGGGCCAGUGAUAUUUUCAUUGUUGGUCUUAGAUGGGCUUGUACUUCCCCAUGCAAGAUUGGUGUAAUGAUAGGGCUGUCCUGAGUUUGCAGCUCUUUCUUUCAGCAUCAGUUGCACCUUUCCUUGACUAGAAGGCCUUUUCAAUGGUUACUUAUGCCCUGGUCACCUCACAAUUGGAAUAUUGCAAUGUGAUUAACAUGGAGCUGCCCUUGAAGACCAUAAAGAGGCUACAUCUGGUGCAAAAUGCAGUAGUAUGAACAGUAAUGGGCACUUCACAUUACAUUCAACUGCCACAAUUGCUAUGCAAACUAUACUGGUUGUCAGUUGGCUUCUGGAUGCAAUUCAAGACGCUGAUGAUCACCUAUAAAACCCUUCAAGGCUUGGGGCCUAUCUGAGGAACUACCUAUCUCCAAAUAUAUCAUGUUUGGACAGAGUGGAUAUGCUUCAGAGCCCUUCUAUUAAAUUUUGCCAUUGUGGAACCAAGAAAGCAUGUAUUCUCUGUCCCUAUUCUCUAGAACAAAAUCCCCCUGAGUAUUUGGAUGCUGACCACUUUCCUAGAGUUCCAGAGAGCUUUUAAGACCUGGCUCUGUUCACAAGCUGCAGUUAAUGUAUUCAUUGAUUUUUUUUUUGAAACACAUUUUAUUGGUUUUUUAAAUCUU